CUGGGAUUAGCUACCACUAAAAGGAACGGUGACCAGGCUCCAAGAGACGCUGGAGCGCCUGGCCCGUCGUGGGCGUGGUCUGAGCAGACUCGGGGCUGCCUUUUGCCUCUCCAAAACGCAGCGUCGCGUCUCGGGGGAGGAGUCUCUACCCUCGUGAUGUCCCCGCCCGGGUUCCCAGGCAAGUUUAGGGAAAUAAAAGGUGCCAGGUGCCAGUCCUGGCCUCUGUUGCAACCCAUCGCCCCGCAGCCCCGACACAGAUUCCUGGAUCUCAGCCCCAUAGCAGCGAUGAUCCCGCUGCUGCUGGCCGCGCUGCUGUGCGUCCCCGCCGGGGCCCUGACCUGCUACGGGGACUCUGGGCAGCCUGUAGACUGGUUCGUGGUCUACAAGCUGCCAGCUCUUAGAGGGUCCGGGGAGGCGGCGCAGAGAGGGCUGCAGUACAAGUAUCUGGACGAGAGCUCCGGAGGCUGGCGGGACGGCAGGGGACUCAUCGACAGCCCGGAGGGGGCCGUGGGCCGAAGCCUACAGCCGCUGUACCGGAGCAGCAACAGCAGCCAGCUCGCCUUCCUGCUCUACAAUGACCAACCGCCUCAAGCCAGCAAGGCUCACAACUCUUCCAAACGUGGGCACACGAAGGGUGUCCUGCUCCUCGACCACGACGGAGGCUUCUGGCUGGUCCACAGCGUACCUGACUUCCCUCCACUGGCCUCCUCUGCUGCAUACAGGUGGCCUCAUAGCGCCUGUACCUACGGGCAGACCCUGCUCUGUGUGUCUUUUCCCUUCACUCAGUUCUCGAAGAUUGGCAAGCAGCUGACCUACACCUACCCCCAGGUUUAUGACUACCAGCUGGAAGGGAUCUUCGCCCAGGAAUUCCCCGACUUGGAGAAUGUGAUCCAGGGCUACCACGUUAGCCAAGAACCCUGGAACAGCAGCGUCACACUCACAUCCCAGGCCGGGGCUGUUUUCCAGAGCUUUGCCAAGUUUAGCAAAUUUGGAGAUGACCUGUACUCUGGCUGGUUGGCGGCAGCCCUUGGUACCAACCUGCAGGUCCAGUUCUGGCACAAAACUGUAGGCGUCCUGCCCUCUAACUGCUCGGAUAUCUGGCAGGUUCUGAAUGUGAACCAGAUAGCUUUCCCUGGACCGGGUGGCCCAAGCUUCAACAGCACAGAGGACCACUCCAAAUGGUGCGUGUCCCCAAAAGGGCCCUGGACGUGCGUGGGUGACAUGAAUCGGAACCAGGGAGAGGAGCAACGGGGUGGGGGCACGCUGUGUGCCCAGCUGCCAGCCCUCUGGAAGGCCUUCCAGCCGCUGGUGAAGAACUACCAGCCCUGUAAUGGCAUGGCCAGGAAGCCCAGCAGACAUUAUAAGAUCUAACCCUCACGGCCAGGUGCAGUGGCUCAUGUAUGUAAUCCCAGCACUUUGGGAAGCCAAGGAGGGAGGAUCACUUGAACUCAGGAAUUUGAGACCAGCCUGGGCAACAUAGUGAGACUGCAGCUCUACUAGAACUUAAAAAAAAGUUAGUCCGGCAUGGCGAUAAACGCCUGUAGUCCCAGCUACUGAAGCCAGAGGAAUGAUUGAACCAGGGAGAUCAUGGUCACGGUGAACUAUGAUUACUCCAACCUCCGGCACAUAGCAAGACCCUGUUUCAAAAAAAAAAAAAAAAUAGGUAGGGGGGUGGGCGCAGUGGUUCACAUCUGUAACUCCAGCACUUUGGGAGGCUGAGAUGGGUGGAUCACUUGAGGUCAGGAGUUCAAGACCAGCCUGGCCAACAUGGUGAAACCCCAUAUCCAUUAAAAAUAUUUAAAAAUUGGCCGGGCGCGGUGGCUCACGCCUGUAAUCCCAGCACUUUGGGAGGCCGAGGCGGGCGGAUCACAAGGUCAGGAGAUCGAGACCACGGUGAAACCCCGUCUCUACUAAAAAUACAAAAAAUUAGCCGGGCGUGGUUGUGGGCGCCUGUAGUCCCAGCUACUCGGGAGGCUGAGGCAGGAGAAUGGCGUGAACCCGGGAGGCGGAGCUUGCAGUGAGCCGAGAUCGCGCCACUGCACUCCAGCCUGGGCUGGGCAACAGAGGGAGACUCCGUCUCAAAAAAAAAAAAAAAAAAAAAAAAAUAUUUAAAACUUAGCCAGGCAUGGUGGCAUGUGUCUGUGGUCCCAGCUACUCGGGAGGCUGAGGCAGGAGAAUUGCUUGAACCCAGGAGGCAGAGGUUGCCAUGAACUGAGAUAACGCCACGGCACUUCAGCCUGGGUGACAGAAUGAGACUCCAUCUCAAAAAAAAAAAAAAAAAAAAAGGAAAAGAAAAUAUAAGGGCUCAGGAACCAGUUUGGACUUGAUUUUGAAUCCCAGUUCAUCCCCUUCCUAGCUGUAUUACCUUGAUUGUGUGCCUUAACUGCUCUGUGACACAGUCUGUCUGCAAAAUGGAAACAUAAUACCUGCCAUCAGGAUUGUUGAGGAGUAAAUAAAUGGAAAUUGGUGGACGA